GGCGCCUCAUUCCCUUCACAGCGGCGAGAGAGAAAGAGCAGGAGAACAAAGAGAGAAAGCGAAUCGCUGCAGCGGCAACAUGGCUCUAUAGCGGCGAGCGCAACGGCAGAACCAGCAGCGGCGCGAACAACAGUGCAGCGCAUUUUAUUUGGCAAACAUGGCGUCCCUUGUGAUUUUCCCCAGCAGUGCUGCAGUCGACAGCAAACUAUCCCACCAGCUCGACGACGACUCCUCGUAUUCUCUCUCUCUACGAGAUUCCUCCCGGAUACCGACAUCACCCGACUCCCACCGCCGCUACGCAUCACUGACAUCCUCCUCACACGAUGACCUCGUCCGCCCUGACCUCCGACCCCCUAGGGGGGAUCUUGGACUCCCUGCUCUGGGGGUCCCCUUUGUUUCCGACGGCUGAGCUGGAGGGGGGGGGCGCGGGGGGGCUCUUUCUCUCCAGCAGCAGUGAUGAUGAUGAGGAGAUGUUUCAGUCACGUCUGAAGGAGUUUGGGUCCCCCUCUUCCUCCCCCCUGUCUCCCCCCUCCUCCUCACUCUUCUCCUCCUCCCCCUCCUGCUCUCCGUUGCAGUGCCCCCUGGGUAAGGGCUCGUCUGUGGAGUCGAUUGAUUGGCUGCUGGAUCCCUUGGCAGGAGACUGCGCUGAGGAUGCUUUCUCAGGUAUGGACUGGAUGGUGCAGAAGAUUGACCUCAGUGAGCUCGACCUGGACUCUCUGAUGGACCCCUGUGAUUCGGGGGUCCCCCCCAGCACCCCUGAGGAUCUGCUCUCCUCCCGGGGGGCGGUGUGCGACCUGGACCUGGGGCUGGAGGGUUACCUGGCCUCCUUCCCAGCAGAGCCCCCCACUGACUCGUCCUGCAUACCAGAACCCCUGGACUUGCAGAACCCAGCCCUCCCGGAACCGGCGGUCGCCGUGGAGACCCUCUGGGAAACCGUUUCUCUGGCAACUGGAUUCGCCCCGGCCGCGGGAAUCGGAGUUCAGCUGGAACUGGAACCCCUGCUGGAGAGGGAGCCCCUGUCCUCCUCCUCCUCUCCUUCUGCCCUAGAAGAUCAUCCAUCUUUCUCUCUGGAGCUCGGCAGCGAAGUUGACAUCAACACAGCACAGGAGACUCAGUCGGAGCCCGGACUCCUGCCUUGGAAACAAGAGACACAGACCCCAGAGACACGGUUACAAACACAAGAGACGGAGCCCGGACUCCUGCCUUGGAAACAAGAGACCCAGACGAUGGAGACGGAGGGUUACUGCUCGUCUGACACGGACAGCGGCCUUGGAUCCCCUGAACACAGCCCUGCUUCCUCCUCGGAGCCCCGAAAAGCCCUGGCGGAAGACUCUGACCAGCCCUCUUUCACUCAGGAGCUGGGUAGCGAAAUUGACAUAGAGGCAGCGGCACAGGAGGAGACGCGGUCGGAGCCCGGGCUCCAGCUCUGGAAACGAGAGGCCCAGGCGAUGGAGAUCGAGGGGUACUGCUCGUCCGACACGGACAGCGGUCUGGGAUCCAGCUGCGGCUCCCCAAUCCGCACCCCUCCCUCCUCCUCGGAGCCCCGGAGAGCGACAGCCAAGCCUUACUCCCGGCCGUCGAAAGAGGAGGAGCUGGAAGUGUGCGCCCCCCUCUCGGGUCACGUCAAGUCUGCGGACAAGAGGAAGAUGAAGAAGAUGGAGCAGAACAAGACUGCUGCAACCCGGUACCGGCAGAAGAAGCGGUCAGAGCUGGACCGGCUGCGCGGGGAGCGGGAGGCGCUGGAGGAGAAGAACCGGGCGCUGGGAGAGAAGGCUGAGGCCAUCGCUGCAGAGAUCCGCUACCUGACUGAGCUAAUGAGGGAAGUGAGGGAAGCCAGGGACAGGAGACUCCAGCAGGGCAAGGGCUCGGGGUGAGGCUGGAGUUUGCUUGUCUUGGAAAUAAUCAAUAGCAGAAAUAGCAGUUUGAUUUUCAGAUCUUGGUUUUUUUUCUUAACACAUUAGACAUUUCCUCCAUCCCUUGCUUUUAAAGCAGUCUGGCUAGGGUUUCACAGCUGGUUAAGACAGCAUCUCUCUCUCUCUCUCAAGACCAGCCUAAUAAUAUAU